AUGAACAAUGUCGUGACAGUUCCACCACUUGGACCACCUCCAAGAACCACUGCAGGUCCUCUCAAAGAUGUCCUUCUCAACUUCGGAGGAAUGGUCAAUCCUCUAAUGCCAAAGGAAGAAUAUGUCGCCUACGCUCGUCUUAUUUACAGUGCCGCGAAGCGUGCUGUCAACUUACGCAAUGCCGCGCUUCCAAAGUCCCAACAUGCCAAGUUGAUUGUGUUAGUAGCUAGUUUAGAUGUGGCACGAGGCAUAGAUCCUCAAGAUCCCGAAGCAGCUCGCAUGGUCUUACCCGACGAAGCACUAGAUUUGAUGGCAUCAGUGGAACUAGUAUGCUGUACAGCAGGACUUGGCAACUUAUAUGCGGCUGGCGCUGUUGCCAAUGCCGUCUUGCUAUUACCGCCUUUGCAUGAGGGCCAUGCGAUACAGACUCACUUGGUGAGGAAAGCCGGCGUCUCUGUAGACGCGAUGGACUGGCAUGAAUUCACAGGCGGUGCACCCAUCAACUAUUACAAUGGAUCACUGGAAGUCAUGGACGACGUCAGCAAGGCCCAAAAGGAGGUUAUCAGCAGUGGUCAGGCUCAAAAGGCUUUGACUGAUCGAAUGCUUGCGGCCAUGUUGCAGAGUGCGGACUCUGCUGCUGGGCCAUCAGCUCAAGAUCCGCCACUGCGAGCGCUCAUCACUACCUUUGGACAAGAUAAUGGUGACGCCAUGGCUGCUCGGAUUGUCGAUGUGUUGUCAAGGGUCACUUAA